AUGGCUUCCCCGCCGAGCUCCGGGCAGCCCGGGCCGCCGCCGCCGCCGCCACCGCCGCCCGCGCGCCUGCUGCUGCUCCUGCUGCUGCCGCUGCUGCUGCCGCUGGCGCCCGGGGCCUGGGGCUGGGCGCGGGGUGUCCCCCGGCCGCCGCCCAGCAGCCCUCCGCUCUCCAUCAUGGGCCUCAUGCCGCUCACCAAGGAGGUGGCCAAGGGCAGCAUCGGGCGCGGCGUGCUCCCUGCCGUGGAACUGGCUAUCGAGCAGAUCCGCAACGAGUCGCUCCUGCGCCCCUACUUCCUCGACCUGCGGCUCUACGACACCGAGUGUGAUAAUGCAAAAGGGUUGAAAGCCUUCUACGACGCAAUAAAAUAUGGGCCGAACCACUUGAUGGUGUUUGGAGGAGUCUGUCCAUCUGUUACGUCCAUCAUCGCAGAGUCCCUCCAAGGCUGGAAUCUGGUACAGCUCUCUUUUGCUGCCACCACGCCUGUUCUAGCAGAUAAGAAAAAAUACCCCUACUUCUUUCGGACGGUCCCAUCAGAUAACGCAGUGAAUCCAGCCAUCCUGAAGUUGCUGAAGCACUACCAGUGGAAGCGAGUGGGCACACUGACCCAGGACGUGCAGCGCUUCUCCGAGGUGAGGAACGACCUGACCGGGGUUCUGUAUGGUGAGGACAUCGAGAUUUCAGACACUGAGAGCUUCUCCAAUGAUCCCUGCACCAGUGUCAAAAAGCUUAAGGGCAACGACGUGCGGAUCAUCCUUGGCCAGUUUGACCAGAAUAUGGCAGCAAAAGUGUUCUGUUGUGCAUAUGAGGAGAAUAUGUACGGUAGCAAAUACCAAUGGAUCAUCCCGGGCUGGUAUGAGCCUUCCUGGUGGGAGCAGGUGCACACAGAAGCCAACUCAUCCCGUUGUCUCCGGAAGAAUCUGCUUGCUGCCAUGGAGGGCUACAUCGGCGUGGACUUCGAGCCUCUGAGCUCCAAGCAGAUCAAGACCAUCUCAGGAAAGACGCCACAGCAGUAUGAGAGAGAGUACAACAACAAGCGGUCAGGCGUGGGGCCCAGCAAGUUCCAUGGGUACGCCUACGAUGGCAUCUGGGUCAUCGCCAAGACGCUGCAGAGGGCCAUGGAGACGCUGCACGCCAGCAGCCGGCACCAGAGGAUCCAGGACUUCAACUACACGGACCACACACUGGGCAGGAUCAUCCUCAACGCCAUGAACGAGACCAACUUCUUCGGGGUCACGGGUCAAGUUGUGUUCCGGAACGGGGAGAGAAUGGGGACCAUUAAAUUUACUCAAUUUCAAGACAGCAGGGAGGUGAAGGUGGGAGAAUACAAUGCUGUGGCUGACACACUGGAGAUCAUCAACGACACCAUUAAGUUCCAAGGAUCUGAACCACCAAAAGACAAGACCAUCGUCCUGGAACAGCUUCGUAAGAUCUCCCUACCUCUCUACAGCAUCCUCUCCGCCCUUACCAUCCUGGGAAUGAUCAUGGCCAGCGCUUUUCUCUUCUUCAACAUCAAGAAUCGGAAUCAGAAGCUGAUAAAGAUGUCAAGUCCGUAUAUGAACAACCUUAUCAUCCUCGGAGGAAUGCUUUCCUAUGCAUCCAUCUUUCUCUUUGGCCUGGAUGGGUCCUUUGUCUCUGAAAAGACCUUCGAAACCCUUUGCACCGUCAGGACCUGGAUUCUCACCGUGGGCUACACGACCGCCUUUGGGGCAAUGUUCGCAAAGACAUGGAGGGUCCACGCCAUCUUCAAAAAUGUGAAAAUGAAGAAGAAGAUCAUCAAGGACCAGAAACUGCUCGUGAUCGUUGGGGGCAUGCUGCUGAUUGACCUGUGCAUCCUGAUUUGCUGGCAGGCUGUGGACCCCCUGAGAAGGACGGUGGAGAGGUACAGCAUGGAGCCGGACCCGGCAGGACGGGACAUCUCCAUCCGCCCUCUCCUAGAGCACUGUGAGAACACCCACAUGACCAUCUGGCUUGGCAUCGUCUAUGCCUAUAAGGGGCUUCUCAUGUUGUUCGGUUGUUUCUUAGCUUGGGAGACCCGAAAUGUCAGCAUCCCCGCACUCAAUGACAGCAAGUACAUUGGGAUGAGCGUCUACAACGUGGGGAUCAUGUGCAUCAUCGGGGCUGCCGUCUCCUUCCUGACCCGGGACCAGCCUAACGUGCAGUUCUGCAUUGUGGCCCUGGUCAUCAUCUUCUGCAGCACCAUCACCCUCUGCCUGGUGUUUGUGCCAAAGCUCAUCACUCUGAGAACAAACCCAGACGCAGCAACUCAGAACAGACGAUUCCAGUUCACUCAGAAUCAGAAGAAAGAAGAUUCUAAAACCUCCACCUCAGUCACCAGCGUGAACCAAGCAAGCACGUCCCGCCUAGAGGGCCUGCAGUCAGAAAACCAUCGCCUGCGAAUGAAGAUCACAGAGCUGGACAAAGACUUGGAAGAGGUCACCAUGCAGCUGCAGGACACGCCAGAAAAGACCACCUACAUUAAACAGAACCACUACCAAGAACUCAAUGACAUCCUCAACCUGGGGAACUUCACUGAGAGCACAGCAUCCAGCGCCGGCUGUCCCUCCAGCUCCCCAUCCUCCACCACGCCUACCUCCCGUCCAUUGGAGGCGUGGACGCCAGCUGUGUCAGCCCCUGCGUCAGCCCCACCGCCAGCCCCCGCCACAGACACGUGCCACCCUCCUUCCGAGUUAUGGUCUCGGGCCUGUGAGGGCGGGAGGCCUGGGGCCGGGGCCUCCCCCGCGACGGAACCACACGGAGCAGAGGCAUCUGCUACAGGAACCCUGUCAGCUCUGGCCGCGGAGAAGCUGGCGCCACGGCUGGCCUUGCGGGACUGCUCGAUGGCACGGAGUGCACAAGAUGGGGGGCACUUGGCACCUGACCUCGCGCCUUAUUUGUGAAGUUUUCAUUCUUUCACAAAGAAGAGGAAUGAAAAUGACUUCUUCCUUAAUGUCUGCAAAGGAGGAGGAGCUAGGAUAUUUGAAACUUGGCAAAAAAAAAAUCCUAGACAAGGAGAAAGUCACUAGAACUCCAGCUAGAAGUCACUGAGUGGCCCUGAGCAGCCUUGAAAAGAGGCGAGGGGCUUCUGGAGAAACCGCCUCUGCCUCUGCACACAUGCCACCGGCUGUGGCCUCCCAAGCCAGCCCUUCUCCCCUCUGGGGAAGGAGGUGGGCAGGGCAGCCAUGCUCCCAGCUGCCAAUCCAGCCAACCCCAGCCUUCCUGGAACAGGGAGUCUACAGGGAGGGCAGCCGGGCACAGCUCUGUGGGCCGAGGGCUGGGGUACCGGAGCAGGCUGACUCGCAUGCCUCCCGGUGGGACUUACUCUCUGAUAAAUGCCACACAUUAAUACAAUAACACCCGUUCCGGGACCGUGGGGAUUUAGGGCACGUCACUGCAGACACGCUCUGCAGCAUUCACCCACAGUCGGCCAUGCACCCACCACGUCAGCCAUGUCCUUGUGUUCGUAUCAGGUGUUCCCCAUAAUAAGGGGGCACCCGAGCUAAUCAUAGAAUGUCUGUUCCCAGCAAACAUGAUAAAGAAAGAUUGUGCACUUUAACCUCUCUCAUCAGGGCCCAAGGGCUGGCUGGGGUUUUGUUUUGUUUUUUUCCACUGACUUUGUUUCUGACCAAAGUGAAUCAGGGGCAUCUGCUAGAAGACAUCCCUGUAGUCACGGGGAGAGAGUUGUUGCUAGCUGUGGGCUUCCCUUAACUUCCAGAAAGCAGCCUUCAUUGGGACAAGCCGGCAAGCUCUGCCCUUGGGGGUCCCAGUGGUGAUCAAUCAGCACACUGAUUCUCAUUCAUAAGAUCACUCUUCCCUUUUAAACGAACCCCAAAGAGCACUGGCCUGGGAGUCACAAAGACCUGGGUUCAAGUCCUUGCUCCACUGCUGACUCCCUCCAUGACCUUGGGCAAGUCACUUGUGUCUCUCUGAGCCUCAGUUUCCCCUCUCUAACAAACUGGGGUUGAAAUAACACCUGUCCUGCCCUAUCUCACAGGGUCACUCUGAAGAUCAAAACUUGAUCUCAUCCAGGAAAGCUUCAUACCAAACAGUGAAGCGGCCCUGACCCAUGAGGUAUCAGGAUGACCAUGACCUUCAGCCCUCAGGACAGACGGGGCUGUGGCCCAGAGAAGCUCCCAGCACAGCCCUAUACCAGUAUCCACCUGGCUGGAGAGAGGUGGAUCCCGAUGAUUUCUGUGACAUUCCUGGGACAGGUUCAUUUGCUAAAGAAAGGCCUGAAUGACAAUGUCCCGGAUGUCUGCACAACUGAGCAGUCGCUCAACUCCCUAAAGAACCCUAAUGGCAGCUUCAACAGGCAGGCAAUAAUCUCUUCCCAGACCACUGAAGUCAGGAAUACAGUGUUGUCACCACCAGGGUUUGACAAAAGGGCCCAUGGGAAUCUUACCAUCACCAACAUUUCAAAACACCCUAUUUCACGUAGCAUAGAGUUCUCCUCCCCUCCCCCAAAGAGAGGUUAUGGAGGUACUGUAGCUUUUAGGGGGAAAAACAUGUUAAAAAAAAAUGUUAACACAUCACAGGUCAAGUUGAAGUCACUGUCUGUUUAGGCACUAAAAAUCGGUGUUGUUACUCACUGUGUAUUACAGUAUUUACUUUCUUUCUUGAUUUCACCAAACCAGAUUUAAUUUAAAGGACCACAUUAAUUUUUCAAAGGGAAAGAAACAAUUCAUUGUACAUAAUGUAUACACGCACACAGAAACAAUACCUGUAGAAAUAUUAAUCCAGCAUAGCAGGAAAGAAAAAAAGAAAAAGCACUGGACAGUCGGAGGUGAGUGUGUGCAUCUGUGACCCACUGUGACUCCUGAGCGUGCACAGUCUUCUAGGUUAACCCACACAGUACAUUCGCUGUCUUAAUGAUACUGUAGGUUCACCUGUUUUUUUUUAAAUUUCCCCACAAAUAACAAGACCCACAGAAGUGACUCUAGCUAUUUAACGGUUCUGUCCUUUUAUAUGCAGCAAACACCAUACACUUCCGAAGAGGCUUCAGCCUGAAGGUGUUUUCCAAUGUUAGUGCACAAACGCUUUAAAUUAGACUGGAACUGCCAGAAUCAAAUGUAAAUGAGGAAUUUCUCGUACCCCUAUUGCAUGGUAUCAAUUUUUAAUAAAUUGUUGCAAAUUUGUUUUUAUGAAUAAAAGGAAAAAAACUGUUGUCUUUAA